UGAAUGUGUGUUUACAUUUUCACUGUGACAACAUUGGGGUGAGCAAAUAAAGUCGGUUUAAGAGCGAAUGAAGCAAAAAAUGUGAAGUUCAAUUUAAAUGUACAACUCUCAACAGGGUUAGAGUUCAAGAAUUAAGCGUAAAUAAUGAGAGAGGAUUCUUGGCUAUAUCAAAGAAUGAACGGCGAGGAAAAUAAGUUACCGUUUCCCGAAGAGUGUAUUAUAAAUGAGACAAUACCAGGCCAUGAUGCGGAUAAGGAAAUCGAAGAUAUUUUAUCAAAAAGACAUGUUUACGAUGUGAAUUCGUUGAACGAAUUUGGACAUACGCCACUUAGUACUGCUGCUUAUGCAGGCAGCAUAAAAUACGUGAAACUUUUGAUCGAAUUAGGCGCGGAAGUGUUGCUCAAAGACUCAGACGGUUGGACGGCAUUGCAUUUUGCAAUGGCAACAAAAAAUUACGAAAUAGCGAAAUUUUUAAUGUCUGUAGGAGCCGAUACAAAAGAGCUUACAAAUGACGGACAGAAGCCAUUGGAUUUUGUAAAGGACAAGAACACUAGAAUAUUUCUUGCGAAAUACGGGGAACGGUGUGUCAUGAGUAAUAUGCGAACUUCUUAUUGUUAGCGUGAGUGAUAUAUCGAUGUGUCUGUCUGAUAGUGUAUAUUAAAGGGGAAUUAUAUUAAGUAGGCCUUCAAGGCUGAUAGCAAUCAAACUUAUCAAUGUCUGGUGAGCGCGGGUAGCAGGCGAUCCGAAGGUUAACCAGCAGUUGUAUUCAGUCGCAAAAAAAUAGAAUCGAGAGAUACAUAAAAUUUUAAUUCUGCUUGUAAAAACAUAUUUAUGAAUUAUGGCAAAGUUUAUAACGUAUGUGUGUUUGUCUAUAAGAUAGAGUAUCAUUGUCAGACAUCAUAGAUACUGUAUAUGACCCUUGUGAAGUGUAAUUGGGUCAUUCAAUAAGUUAGAAUAAGUCAAUUUGCCACAAGUUAAUCGUACGUGAUGUCGUGAUCUACGAUAAAAUCAAACUAUUUGUAGGCACAUUACAACUCGCCGGGGAAGCAAGCGGAAAAUUUAGGCAAAGGAAUGCGGAAAUAUAUUGUAUUUUUAUUGGAAUGCCAUGUUGUUGGCAAUAAAACAUGGAUGUUUGAGAAUUCCUGACAAUUUUAUUUUAGUUCAAUCAACUUGACUAAUCUGGUAACACAUGCAACCAGGAGCGCUUUCCAUUAACACGGGCAGACCGGGCAGAAGGGUCAAGUUGUUGAAUGAAACACAAAACGUUUGGGCUUUGGACCUAUCUGACCUGAAAAUUUAGAUAAAAUUAGAAUGAGGUCCAUUUUCGAUAGAUAUUUGAGAAACAUCGACCAGAUCUUUCCAUUGAUACAGAGACAAAAAUUCGGGUCUGACCGGUCAGGCCAUUAAAUGGAAAGCGCCCCAUGAAUCUGGUUAUAUGUGACCAGGACUACCCAAAUUAACCAGGUUAGGUGAAUCAAUAACCAGGGUUAUUUAUAACAUAUAUAGUCUGGUGAACUUAACCAAGAGAGUCUUGGUCAAAUUGACUAGACUAUAUUAGGGAAUCUGAGUCUUGGUCAAAUUGACUAGACUAUAGUAGGGAAAAAGGUUAAAAUAAGUUAUAACAAGCUUUCGUUGGGAUGCAACUACCUGAAAUUCCCCUUACAUUUGAAAUUCUCCGUAUAUUUUUCAGGUAGUUGUAUCCCUACCAACGAAAGCUUGUUAUUAUUGCCACUACCUACACUGGCAAAGACAGUUCAACAUUAAGUAUAGGUUAUUUCUAUAGGUUUACUAUUGUUACUGGUCCUCUAGGAAGAAUGGUGUAGAAUUGAUAGAUAUAUCCAGUAAAAAUUAUAUUAUAAGUGAUAUUUGCUGUCUUGGUGUAAUGAACUCCGAUGCUUGUGAUGUUAUGCUUGUGAUGUUAUUCUGAGUGUGUAUCCACACCGGGCAGGCUUGAAAAAUUACACUGAUAUCGAAGGAACUAGACUCAGUUCCGAAAUAUCACAUACUCGAACCGGCCUGACCGCGUAGCUCAGUUGGCAGACAGGCAGAGCAUUGGGCUAGUAUUCCAAAGGUCGUAGGUUCGAUUCCCAUCGUGGCCAGGCAUAUUUUUCAGGCCUGCCCGGUGUGGAUAUACACUCACAGUAACAUCACAAGCAUUUAUAAAAGUGGUUUUCUAAUGUCAAUGAGAUUUUACCAUCACAUUCCCAGUCACUAACAAUGGACUAGAUUCCCAAUGGUUGAAAUUAGAUGAAAGUCAGUCCUAAGCCGUAAUUUGUAUGCAUAUUGUAGUUAAUUUGGCAAUGUUUGCAAACAUGAUGUAUUAACAUUGAAUUAACAUGAUAUUACUGGUUGAACAUAAGACAAAGAGAUGGUCUAAUGAUAUUUAUACAAAACACAUAGUCCUCAAUAGAAUUGAAUUCUUGUCAUGUAAAACUUGGCAACAAGUUGUUGAAUUGCAAAACGAUAUUAAAGUAGGGCGCACUAGGAGACAUAAAUUACAUCCAAUGGAAUUUUUAUCAUGAUCUAACAAAGAUGAAUGGAUUUUGAAGCAAUUAGUGAUUGAACGAUUAUCGGUGUGAGUAUCAGGUCGAUUUUUGCCUUAUCGGUAGAUAGUCGAAAUCUGUAGAAUUAUCUGUAUUUCCGACUGUGCAAAACCGAUUGUUGAGAAAAUACGCACUUUAAAAAUUCUAUACAUUGCGCGUUGAUUGCUGCGACGAAAUUAAUGUGUGAAGCGUGCCAUUUUUGAACGGUUUUAACGAACUUUUGAAUCGGUAUUAGUACAUGCCUGUAGAAAGUAGGAAGUUAUGGAGCGACGCUACCUCCAAGCUCUAAAGGGCUAACUCCAAAAAUCAUUUGAAGCUAAGUAUACAACUGCAAAAAUAAUUUAGGAGCUAGGCAUCUAAGCCUGGAGUUACUGGCUAACUCCAAUAAUCAUUUGGAGCUACGUUUAACUCCAAAAAUCAUGAAAAAACAAGGUAUCUAAGCCUUGAGUUACUGCCUAACUCCAAAAAGUAUGUGACUGUAUAGCGAGGCGAGUCAGCCUAUAGCCGCUAGGUACAUACAUGUAAGGUUGAAGUUACUUGCUGUGUUGCUAACUCCAAAAAUCAUUUGGAGCUUGUUAUCUAAACCAGGAGUUACUGACUAACUGGAAUA